CUCGAUUGUGGUACAGCAGCACGCCUGUUGCCCGCUUGUUCUGCAGUGACUAACCCUUCACAAGAUAUGAUCCUCACCUUGCUCUCUGUGAAGAUUUAUAGGAGAGCACAUUUUUACUGCUAAGAAAAGAUGAAACGAGGUGAGUGCUUCUAAUUAUGUGUAAUCGCGCGAGAGCAACAACAGAAGAAGCUCCUGGCGCAACCAAGUAGAAGAAACACUUUUCAUCAUCGAUAUCGCCUUCAAUUUAGGGUUCCUAAGUCGACCUUAUGUUCACUUCAUUUAUCGCUACUUUCUCUUUCGCUUACUAAGCUCAGUAUUAGUUGCAUAGGAAACUUUCGAAACAACAUGAUCCCCGGUGUGUGCAAAAUCCCUUUUCGCGAGAUUGCGAUGCUGUACGGAACCGCGUGGAAAGAGGAUAGAACUACGGACUUAGUGAAGAAAGCCUUCAAGUUAUGCUGGGAAAAAAGUGUUACAGUUGCACAUUGUGUUGCAGGCCAAGCAAGAGAGACCAGCGCUGUCAUGCCGGAUAUGCAUAGGAGCUUCGUUUCAUAGGUGUUUUAUUCCCUUUGGAUUUCUGCAUUGCAAGUUUUCUCCCUCAUGCAGAGAAAUUUGUGUUGCUGAAUUGACAACAAAUGUGUAACUGUAACACUUUUUUCGUGGGAUACAAGGCCGGGUUCCGGGCGGUAGACACAGCCUGCCAGCCGAAGCACUACCAAGAACAUCUAGUCUAUUCUGAGCAAAAUCAGCCGAUACCCAUACUCCAGUUCGGAACUCGACAACACAAACCCAAAAGUUUGAAUGAUGGGGAGGCAGCACGCAUGACGAGUUAUUUCUUUCCGCAGGGCAUUGUUGCGUAGGAAGGAGAAGGACCACGGGCGCGUCGCGAAGCGGCCACCUGUUUUUAUACCCUGUUACUGUGUACUUACAGCAUUUGUAGAAAGGAUUCCACAGCACAAUAAACACGACCGGAAAUCUUUUCUGUCUCGGCAGAGGAGAUGCGUUCCACUUCCUUUCAGAAGAUAUUCCUGCGGCCCAUGCGAGUCUUAGUGUCGGUAACAGCCCGCGUAGAGUAUGGGUAUCAGAAUUUCACAUGAUAUUUUCGGGAAGGCUCUGCGCGAGGUAUUCGAGGAAAAGCUCUGUUCUCGGGAGGACGUGUGGAUUCAGACGAAGUUUACCAGUUUGGACGGACAGGACAAAAACCGGAUCCCCUACGACAAAAAUGCGCCGCUGGACGAGCAGGUGGCGCAGUCGGUAGAGGUGAGCCGGAAGAACCUCGGCAUCGAAGUGAUCGACUCGCUCGUGCUACACGGCCCGGUGAAAGGGAGAGCGGAUUUGACCAUGACAGCGUGGCGAGCGAUGGAAACCGCGGUCGACGAGGGCAAGGUUAUCCUGUGUAGAAACGUAGUAGUGCUCACAUCUCCGCCAGAUUUGUCAUGCAAAUUUGCAUGUUCAGAAGCAAGCAGUAGCGGAGUGUGUUUCUGAUACGUAAGGGCACCAUGAGAGGACGAGGGGGCACGCAUUAUUUCCACGACUUGUGUACGAAUAUUGGUUGUGCUCUAAUCUCCCGGACGAAACUUCUCAUGCUACUACACUACGGACCCGACCUUGUCAACAUGCGCAAGAACAUCUACAACAUGCUGACUUGUAUAAAUAGGGAUGAAAUAUCAUAGAAAUUUCCAAUUUAUUUGACUAUGUAUUUGGUACUUAGUAUGGGUACUGCUUAUCGCUUUUUACACAGGACAAAGCUGCGUUUUCUCGGCGCUUCGAACAUCUACGAUCUGGAUUUUUUCCAGUACCUCUUCAAGGAGGCCAAGCACAAGCCCAUCGUGCUGCAGAACCGCUUUUAUAGCGACACCGGUUUUGACCGGGAGUUACGCAGCUUUUGCCAGGAACACGGGAUACGGUACUACGACUAGUUCGCAAUUUUUCUGUUAUUGCAAAUCAAUCAAUUGUUCCCCAAGAAUUCUCGGUUACGUUUGAUGAGAUUGUGAUUGAUGCUUCUCAACACGAGCAUGUCGUUUUGGUGUAUCGUUUUUCAUCUAGAUCUUCGACUGCACAUUGCAACGAACGGAACUCCGAGCUUGUUGAAGAAUGAAACCAAAUCGAAAUCCAUUUUUUGGAAUCAGGUACCAAUCCUUCUGGACUCUGACCGCCAACCCUGGCCUGAUGGGCUCCCCACCCGUCCAGAGCCUCGCUCAGCGGCUGCAGGCGACCCCCGCACAGAUCAUUUACCGAUACAUCCUGGACUACUGCGAGGCAAAGUGCCCCCACCCCUCAUCGGAAAGGAAAUUUGUGAUGCCGGAUUUUAGUUCUGUGUACGCAAGAAAGUCUAAGUCAUUGUCAUGAAGAUGUUUUCUAUUUUCAUAAACCUUGAGAAGCGCACGCGUCAUUCUAUUUUCAUAAACGAUAAAGGACCGGCGAGGGCCGCUUUUCGUCGCAGCCCGUUUCUUUUCGGGAGAUAGCAGAGCACCUGUCUGUCAAAAGAACAAAUAGCUAGUCGUUUCGCGGCUGCACAGGCGAACUAGCACCAACCAAGUACUGAAGUGCCUUGCAGCAAUACAGAUCUGAUUUGUACUGUAGUACACGCACACGACUACUACACGUCGGCAGCACGAAUUAUUUCCCACUAUUCGGUAGGAGGGGUUACGGGGGAUUUUUUCCUUUCGAUCCAGACAGCUGCGGCGGGCAGCCGCUGACGGGAUGCAAGGACCCGCAGCACGUGAAGGAGGCAGUGGCGGUCAAGGAUCUGCCGCCACUGAACGUGACGGACAUUGCGGCCAUGGAGGACAUUAUGUACGGGAAGAGGAGAAGCAGUCGAAAGGAAUUGUAGAGAUGGACUCUGGUGAAGUUGUCUACGCUAGCGCUAAUAUCGCCAUUGCAGUACUAUUAGCUGCCAGGACGAAAUGAAAAAAGCCUUCCAACUGUGUAUGCAGAACAUAAAAAAUCAAAAUCUUGAUGAUACUCGGAAGAACGAAUACUUGGAUCGAUCGC